UACAUCAUUUGGAUUUAAACCCAGAAAUACAGAAGAUACUUCUGGCAGAAUUUUGUGGCAGCUAAGUGGAAGCUUUUGGAAGAAGCCGAAAGCUGUUUGUUUGUUUUUUAAACGCAGGAUAUUGUAUUGCGGUUUGUGCAUUCACCAUGACUGAAGAAACUAUUCUGAUGACAUCCACUGAAUUUGAUUAUUCACAGCUGGUAUCUCCAUGUGAUAAAGUGGACAUUCAUAUCACCAUGAAAGUCUUUCUGUGUGUCUUGUAUGUUGUAGUGUUCGCCAUCGGGCUAACUGGAAAUUUCUUGGUGGUUUUGACCAUUCUGAAAGCAGGGGGCCAAAGGAGCAUCACUGACAUAUUUCUGUUGAACCUGGCCAUCUCCGAUCUUCUAUUUGUGUUAUCCCUUCCUUUUUGGGCUUUUUACUUCAUACAUGGAUGGACACUUGGAAACCUUUUAUGCCAAAUUGUUUCCUCUUUAUAUUCUGUUGCUUUGUUUGGAGGCAUGUUCUUCAUUACUGUCAUAAGCAUUGAUAGAUACCUGGCUAUUGUCCAUGCAACAUACGCUAUGAAAGCCAGAACUAUCCAUCGUGGAUAUAUCACUAGCGCUGCAAUAUGGACCCUCGCAGUCUUAUUUGCAGCCCCUCACUUCGUGUUCGUGCAAGAGUCUGAGAAACAAUGCACUUCUCUGUAUCCUCCACAUCUUCAGACAUUAUGGCCAGUUUUCAGCUACCUGGAAAUGAACAUCAUUGGGUUCCUUCUCCCUGUGUGUAUCAUGAGCUUCUGCUACCUGGGCAUCAUCAAAACCUUGUUCUCCUGCAAAAACACCAGGAAAAAGAGAGCUGUGAAGCUGAUUUUAACAGUGGUGAUUGUGUUUUUGCUGUUCUGGGCUCCAUACCAUGUAUUACUUUUCCUGCAGAUGUUAAGGACUUAUAAUUACUUUGUGACCUGUGUCUCCUUAAGGAUGUUAGACUAUAUUGUGCAAGUGACCGAAACAAUAGCUUUCAGCCAUUGCUGUCUGAAUCCAAUAAUCUAUGCUUUCGCUAGUGAAAAAUUGAGAAAGUUCCUUUGCCACUUGGUUCUGAAAUGCUUCUCAUUCAUUGGUUUCUGUGGGCCUUGUAAUAAGUAUCGUGGUACAGCACCCACUCCUGUACCAGAAACUGCCUUGACCAGCAACCAUACCCAGAAUACCAGUGACCAAGAUACCGUUGUGUUUGUCUGAGUGUUUAAUAGUGGUUUGUAUAUGUAAUAUACUGAGUAACUAUAGUUUUGCAUAAAUUAGUCAAAGUCCUUGUUUUUUCUCACUAUCCAUGAAAAAAGAAGCAGUGAUUGCCCAUAGAAUGUUUGCCCAUAGCAUGUUUGCAAGCAUAGUUCAAUUAUUAUCUUUCAAACUUGACGUCCUGGAACAUUUUUGUAGGUUACUAUCAGAGUUAAUAUUAAUACCUAAUAAACGUAUGUGAUUUAAA